AUGUCGCAAAAGGCGUCCACUCCAGCAGAGGGGGCAGCGGACGUCGCGCCUGGCGCGCAGUCAGAGGCGCUCGCGUUCGACGCGGCGAAGAGCAUUCCGGGGCUGAAUUGCGUCCGGAAAUUGCUGACCGAGGACCCCGUUGGCGGGUGGGACAAGGCGUGGCAGGCGAGCACGACGCCGUGGGAUCUGGGCGGCGUGACGCCGGCUGUAGCGGCGCUCGUGGCGGCGCAAGAGGGGUCGCCGCUGCACCUGCCGCCCUCCAUCCGCCGCGUGCUCGUCCCCGGCUGUGGCACCGGGUACGAUGUGGAGGCAUUGGCAUCAGGUGGCAGGGAGGCGACGGGGCUUGACAUCUCUCCGGCUGCUGUGGCGCAUGCAGAGAAGCGGGUGGAGGGGGCGGGUAACAGGGCGGCGAUGACAUUUGUGUGCGCAGACUUCUUUGAGUACCGCCCCGCACAGCCCUUUGAUGCCAUCUUUGACUACAC